AUGUCAAACAGCAGGGACAUUGAUGAUCUCAAUGAGGAAGACAUUGAUGAGGAUGAGCUCCUUGCUAUGCUUUCGCCUGAGGAGCUUAAGGAGCUUCAGAGUGAGAUGGAUGUUAUUAUUGCCCCAGAUGAGAGUGUACCGGUUGGACAGAGACAGAAGGACCAGACAGAAAAGACUCCGACGGGGACGUUUGACCACAGAUCCCUGGUUGAUUACCUUUACUGGGAGAAAGAGUCCAAACGCAUGCUCGAGGAAGAAAGAGUGCCUGCCACUCUACUGCCUAGUGAGAAAACUUUGAGGGAGGAAGCUGAAAAGAAAGAAGAAGAAGAAGAAACUGUGAAAUAUGAAGAGUAUGAAGUGAUAGAAGAAAUCAUUGUGGAAGAAGCGGUGGAUGGUGCAGAUGGAGAGGAAAUUAUAGAGGAGAUAAUUGAGGAAAUUGUUGAAGAGGUCGAUGAGAGGGAUGAGAUGGACAAAGAGGUGGAUGAGAAAGAUGAGCGAGAGGUGAAGCUGCCUGUGAAUACAGAUGAAUCUGAAAAUACUGACAAACAUGUACGUCCUCUGGAUAACAACACAGAAACAGUUACAGAAAAUAAUACAGAUGGCAAUCAGCCUUUUUCAGACGUAGAAGAGAAGGCCGAGAGCUCAGCUCCCAAACACAGCACAUCACAUGUUGAAGAGAAAGAGGAAAUUAAAAUGACAGACUCUUUGCCUCCCAAAGAUACUCCAGAGGAGACAGAGAUAAAUGAAAGCAGUGAUAAGCUCCCACAGAAAGAAGAGAGAAAAAUUAACAAAUUAAAGAUUCCAAAGCUGGCACUCAAUAAUAUAAAAAUGACAUCAAGACCUUCAGGAAAUGAGACAAACUUGGAUUCGACACUUGACAAGAUCCGCAACAACCACCCCUCUGUCACUGAGGUGAACCUCAACAAUAUAGAAAACAUUCCCAAAGAGAUGCUCUUGGACUACGUCAACGCCUUGAAGAAGAAUAAACAUGUGAAAACUUUCAGUAUAGCCAACACCGGUGUCGAUGAAAACAUAGCGUUCAACCUGGCCAACAUGUUGCGAGAGAAUCGCAGCAUUACGACUUUGAAUAUUGAGUCUAAUUUCGUAACAGGAAAGGGCAUCGUAGCCAUCAUCCGCUGCCUCCAAUUCAAUGAGACUCUCACAGAGCUGCGAUUUCACAACCAGAGGCACAUGCUGGGUCACCAUGCAGAGAUGGAGAUCUCACGUCUGAUCAAGGCCAACAACACCCUUUUGAAGAUGGGCUACCACUUUGAGCUGCCAGGGCCCAGGAUGGUGGUGACCAAUAUUUUAACCAGGAAUCUCGACCGUCAGAGGCAGGUGAGGAAGGAGGAGCAGAAACAGCAGCAAUUGAAGGAGCAAAAGGAGCUGAUGCAGAUGUAUGAGAGCACCCUAAACCUGCCUCCUGGUUUACUUCAGAUGCUGGGGUACAUACCGCCCCUAGAACUCUUGCAGGAGCAUGGGCUUGUCCCACCCUCGACAGACCUGAGCGCUUUGCCUGAAACGCAGCACCAGACAGAGCAGCCAGAGCCUCAGAUGCAGCUCAAACAUAAAAGAAUUCCCAAACAAUCCAGUGCCGAACCAGCAAAUUCACUAAGGGACGUCCAGCUGAAGAGGACGCCCAAGAAACGUGACCCGUUUCUGGAGCUGGACCCAAGGGAUGACAGGAGACCAGAGAGGUUCCAACUGAGGAAGACUUCCAAUGUGAAGGAUGCAAGCAGUCGAGAGAUGACGGAUGAGAAACCCAACCUGACUGCUGUGAUUAAGACUUUGAAGCCCGUCCCUCGCAGACGAGUGCCACCAAAAGUUGAGCUCACGCCACGUGAUCAGCUCCUAAGUGAGAUUAAAAAGAGCAACGUAGCCUAUCUCAAACCUGUGCCGCUCCCUAAAGUCCUGGAAUCAAGUGAAACGAGUCUCUUCUGA